CGCUGACAUGUGCCUCAGCUUGGGCGUCGGUCUGCCCGAAGGGAGCCAGCAACUCGCCGGCCGCAACUUGAGCGACGGGUUCUCGAGCUCACCCUUGUCACCGGGGUACUACGCGGAGGGGCUGUCGCUCUCGCAGAUGCGUCUGUCGCAGAUGGACGGUCGCGCCCGCUACGCCCUCGAGUACACCGACAGGGACACGACCUUUGACCCCAACAAGCCGUUCUCGCUGGAUUCGACACUGAGGGGCAGCGGUGCCUUUCGCUUCCCCGUCGACCUGAACUCGUCGCUAGAUCUGCGUCGCCCGGGAAGCACUACCGGCUACGUGACUGACGGCACCAGCCUCCCCCGCACCCUCUUUGGCGACGAGAGCAUGAGCGCCCACCAGGUGUUCGGUACCGCGUCCAGCGUGUCCAUGGGCGACGACGACGUGAGUUUUCCUUCUCUUUAUGUGUUAUGUGCAUUGUAGACACCACCGGCGACUCAAAGUAGGUUAUUCGUUGUAUAGAUUGACGGCGCCGAGAUCCUCAGCGGCUUCAUACGCAAUUGCCACGGCUACAAACCCCUCAUCGACGAGUAUGAAGAAGAGGCCGACGAGGACGAAGAUGAUGCGGAGGAGGAGGCCGAGGAGGAGCUGAUCGACGCCGACACCGGCGUGACCACGAGGACGAAGAGGAACAUGCGGGUCGGCGGCACUCGUGGUCCUAGGUGGAAGUCUUUGGAGGAUGAAUGCCUCGUCGACGCGUGGUAACAAGUGAGCUUUUGCCUCAUCACCGGCGCCAAUCAAUCCGCCGGCAAGUUCUACAAGCGCAUCCUUGAUUCAUUCAACGAGAAGAAGAACUAUGGUGUCUACUCCACCAUGCACAUGAACCGGAACGAGGGUGCCCUCUCUCACCGUUGGAACAUCAUCAAGGCGGCGUGUAGCAAGUUCCAUGGCUACUAUGAGAAGAUUAAGGCCCGGAAGGAGAGCGGCAAGACAGAUGGUGGAUUGGGUAUGUUCUAUGUCCAUUUGAUGAUGCCUAUUUCAUAAUGCAUCAUAGUAUAGCUUGUUAAUAUAAUCAUGCAAUGUUAGAUGAUCGAUGCCCUCAAGAUGUACAAGAGCCAAAAUGAGGACAAAGAUUUUCUCUUCAUGCAUUGCUUUAAGAAUCUAGAGGGUUGCAAAAAAUGGGACGCCACCCACCUCACUCUCAACAAGGACAACGUCGGGGAAGAUGGGCCUGUCAAUCUCGCCGGCGCCUCCACCAGGUGUCCCAUUGGCAACAAGAAGGCCAAGGCCGAGAGGAUUGCGGUGCCGGUAUUGGCCGCCAUGGACGCCUCCCUAGAGAAGAUGCUAUCCUCGGGCCACCUGUCGUGUGGAAGGCAAUACUCUAGAAGCAAGAUAUGAAGAUUGAGUUGGAGAGGGAGAAGGUGGAGGCGGCGAAGAUGGAAUCUCACGCCGCCGCUAUGAAAGCCACCACCGAAGCGACGCAACUUUUGUUGGCCAAUAUGACUCAAGAAUCCAAGAUCUUGAUGGCUAACAUGGCGAAGAUGGACCCAUUGGCGAGGGCGUGGCCCUAAAUGUACCGCGAGCGCAUCGGCCACGAGGUGCUAGCGGCGCAAGCUGCGUCGGCGUCCAUGAUAGCGCCAACACCGUCGACGUUCAGGCCUCCCCCGAUGCCGCCGACGUUCAUGCCUUCCCCGACGUCCGUGGAACCAGUUCCCACGAUGGAGGUGCCAUCGGUGCUCGCCGACGAUGAGGACAUCGUCUAGGUUCAGCCGGCCAUGACCCCCUUCAUCUGAUCAUUUUGCUUGAAAGCCCAAGUUGUUUUUGCAGCCGGACUAUGACGGUGAUUCAGUGGCCGUAUGUUGGCUCAAACUUCAUAUUCGAAAACAUAUUCGAAUUUGUUGGCCGUAUGUUGAUCCGAACUUCAUAUUCGAAAACCUAGUCGAAUUUCUAUGCAUGUUUUUAUGACUUUUUAUUCAAAUGAUCUAUCGGAUCGCCGAUUUGGGAAGCGCCGGUGUGGGAGCAGCACCCCAAAUAAAGGAUGAUGCGCCGACACCCCAAUCCGGCUAUACCGGCACUCCGCCGGCGCCUAAUUUAGGGCACCGGUGGAGAUGCUCUAAGGGCAUGUCCAAUGGGGUGACGCAUCCGCGGUGAUCGGAAAUGCGUCUGGUACCCGCUCCAGCGGGGCGACGCAUAGUGACCGGGCCGUUGGCGGCGACGCAAACGCGGCCCAAAUAUGCGCCAGGUUUGCGUCUCUGCGGACGCUGCACGGACACAGGCGGACGGUCACUUCAAGUGACCGGUCGCUUUUCCACCGGACCCGCCUGGCAGCGAGCCUGCAUCGAGAGCAUCACUUCCGCGGUCAGCUCUUCCGCGUAUGCGCCGCAACCUUCGCCAUCAAUAUCGCGGCGGCCUGCUGUGCACUGGCGGGCGGUGGCUGGGCCGCCUUGAAUGGCAUCUUUCCCGCGCGCGGCCGCCCUUAAUAGUCCACCUGCGCCAUCGCCCACAACACGGACACCUCCACUUCCACCACCAGAGUGCGCCGCCGCAGCACCAUGGGGAAGAAGAAUGACUUCGAGGCGUUCGGCAGCGGCAGCAAGAAAGCGGUGCGGCCGCGCAGGGUCCCGCUGCCCGUCCAUGUGGCGCGGCUCAUGCGCACGAAUUGGACGCCGUGCGACGACUGGGGGACGUGCAAAUGCCUGGCGGUUGGCGGCUCAGCUACCUCCGCGUGCCCGUCCCGCCCGUGCCUGCGCGCGAUCCAUAUAGGAGCGAAGAGAUCCGGCACAGGCGGGAGUAGCUGCCGCCGGACCUCCGCGCUGAUCCCGCGUACGCCGUCAAUUCCGACACGUGGCGCACCUGGCAUGGCACCAAGAAGGAUCCGAGGAGGAGAGGGGACUUCCCCUUCGACCCUCCACUGGCACCUUGUCGUUGAACACGGCAGCCGCCGCCGCCUGCACAGGACGACGAUGACGACGAGGAGUACAGCGAGGCGCUGACCUACUACAAUGAGGAGGCAAGGACGACAGCGAGGACUACGUCGCCUGUAGCGGGAGUAUUUCAGAGUCCAGACGUGGUACCACUGAACAGAUCCUCCAUCUCCAGUGUACUCCACCGUUCGGCUCGCACCCAUCCCGCUGCCUCCUUCUGCCGUCCCCACAGCUUCAGCCGUUCAGCGGCCAUAGCACUGGAAGGGAUGAUGAAGUAGAGCCGCAGCGGAGGCCGCUGCGUCAGGUGGUGCGUGCUGCACGCCGACGGGUCGCUUUCUGGCGGCCGGCGGAGCAAGUUCUGCCGCGGCGGGACGGCACCUGGAUGCUGGAGGGUUCGCUGGAUCCGCUCUUCCUCGAUUUCGAUCUUGUGGUUUAUUAAGGGAUUGCUUUAUACUGGUAAUCAGUUAGCUCACCCUUAGCGAGUACUAGAACUCUACGAGUCAUUCAUCGUCUUCCUACAUUAUCACAUUUGCCAUUCGUUCGACUCGCUUCUCAAUUUGUAGGGAAUUACGCAAAUUUACAGGCCAGGGAGUUGAUGUCUGUCAGUAGACCAGCACCAAUCAAUCAGUAUCAACAUAAGCUAGUUUUGGAGCCUUUGGUAGAAGGCAAAGAACGUAACUAGUAUUGGAGAAGCGUGCGAUUACUUAAUCAGCAUUGGACUGUAUACUUUUUCUCUUCUCAGAAACAACUCAAAGUAACUAGCAUUAUUUUGCGUUCAGGCAACGUUUGCUGCCAUUGGCUGUUGGACUGGCGUCAACAGGUUGAAGGUUUCUAGGCACGAUAGUCUUUGGUAGGUAUGGCUAGUUUAUAAUCCUUGUUUUACCAAAUUUCUACGGUAUCUUUGGCCGGCAAUUUGACUUUGGCGGGCAAAACGAUUGAAAGUACUAUAGAUGGAAAGCAACAUAUUCAUGAACCGACUCAUUACAUAUAUGACCAGUUAGAAUGAACAAAACAGAGCAGAUCGAGCAGCUCAAUGACCUCUCCAUGCAUUCUCUUCAUUGUGCUACUUGCAUUAUUGGCCAUCUCCGUGUCAGCCAUAGUGUCCGCUGUUGGGGCCUCUUCUCUGAGUCCGACCAGCGGCAACGGCAGUGACACUGAUCUCGCCGCACUGCUGGCUUUCAAAGCCCACCUUUCUGACCCUGAAGGUGUUCUUGCAAGCAAUUGGACCACCAGCACGUCUUUCUGCCAGUGGGUUGGCGUCUCAUGCAGCCAACGCACGCAGCGUGUCAUGGCCGUGGAGCUGCCAGGUGUGCCCCUCCACGGAUCCCUCGCUCCUCACCUUGGUAACCUCUCUUUUCUCUCCAUCAUCAACCUCACCAACACCAUCCUGACUGGCUCCAUCCCAGAUGAUUUAGGAAGACUGCAUCGCCUCAAAUUUCUUGACCUUGGCCGCAAUGGUCUGUCAGGUACCAUCCCACCCACCAUAGGAAACCUCACGAGGCUACAAGUUCUUGUCUUGAAGUUUAACCAUCUUUCGGGUGCAAUUCCGGCAGAUCUACGGAACUUACACAACCUUGGCUUCGUGAAUCUCCAGACCAAUUACCUUACUGGCUCGAUACCAACUGAUCUAUUCAACAAUACACUGAAGUUAAGUUAUCUAACCAUUGGUAAUAACAGUUUGUCAGGACCGGUGCCAUAUUCCAUUGCCUUGUUGCCUAUGCUCAAGUUUUUUGACCUCCAAUACAAUCAGCUUACUGGCCCAUUGCCUCCGGCUAUCUUCAACAUGUCUAAGCUCCAUACAAUAUACAUCUCUCACAACUACUUAACUGGCACUAUCCCUGACAACGGAAGUUUCAGUCUCCCCAGGCUCAGAAUAUUCAGCAUUGGAUUUAACAUAUUCACUGGUAAGAUCCCACAGGGCCUCGCGUCUUGUCGGGGCCUCAAAUCUAUUUCCAUGCCUACUAACUUUUUUGAAGGCGUUGUGCCAACAUGGCUGGGAAAAUUGCCAGAUCUUAUUUUCAUUUCCUUUGGUGGGAAUAACCUUGUUGGCUCAAUUCCUUCCGCACUUGGCAACCUCACAUGGCUAAGUGAGUUGGACCUAGGAAGGUGCAAGCUAACGGGACCAAUUCCGGCAAAUUUUGGACAGCUGGGCCAACUAUGGGAUCUGCGUCUCCGAAGCAAUCAGCUAACGGGACUUUUUCCUGCUUCGCUCGGUAACCUUUCUGAGUUAUCAAAUCUGUCGUUGGACCAAAACAUGUUGGCUGGGUCAUUGCCUAGAACAAUCGGCAACAUGAACUCAUUGGUGAGACUUACUUUUACAGAAACCAACCUACAGGGGGAUCUUGUCUUUUUGUCCAGUCUUUCUAACUGUAGAAAGCUCCGGUAUCUUGACAUCUCAUCGAACAAUUUCACUGGCGGCCUCCCUGACUAUAUAGGUAAUCUGUCAAGUCAGUUGGAAAACUUCUAUGCAUUUGAUACCAAUUUAGUUGGUGAACUUCCGGCUACAAUUUCAAAUUUAAGCAGUCUUAGAGUGCUAGACCUUUCAAAAAACCAGUUGUCUGGUGCAAUUCCAGAUGCAGUCAUGACGAUGGAGAAUCUGCUAUUCAUUAACCUCCGUCGGAAUAGCUUAUUCGGCACUAUCCCAUCACAGAUCGGAAUGCUAAAAAACAUAGUAAAGUUGCAUCUUGAGCACAACAAAUUAUCUGGCUCCAUACCUGAGGACAUCGGCAAUCUUACCAACUUACAACAAAUUAGACUAUCUUAUAACCAGUUAUCAUCAACUAUACCAUCAAGUUUAUUCCAUCUUGAUAGCCUCCUUUGGCUAGAUUUAUCUCAUAACUUCUUGAGCGGCACAUUACCGGUGAAUAUAGGCUAUUCAAAGCAAAUUUACCACAUGGAUCUCUCUGUGAAUCACUUGACAAGUAGUCUCCCAGAUUCGAUUGGAAAACUUGUCAUGAUGAUCAGUUUAAACCUGUCACACAAUUCAUUCUAUAACCAAAUUCCAGAUUCAUUUGACAAGCUGGCUAGCUUGCAAGCUUUGGACCUAUCCCAUAACAAUCUCUCAGGUUCCAUACCGAAGAUCCUGGCCAAUUUUACCUUCCUCGCUAGAUUGAACCUGUCUUUCAAUAAUCUACAAGGUCAGAUACCCAAAGGAGGUGUCUUCUCCAACAUCAGCCUGCAAUCGUUGAUGGGGAAUUCAGGGCUUUGUGGUGCUCCACUUUUAGGAUUUCCAAUGUGUGUGGAUAACUCUGUAAGAACCAACGGUCUCAAGCUCAAAUUUUUUCUCCCUGCUAUCAUUGUGAUAAUUGGAGCUGUGUCAUCCUGCAUAUUUGUAGUAAUCAAAAGAAAAGUUGGGAAGCAGCAGAAAGUAACAGUUUCUGUCGGAAUGGUUGACACCACAAACCGCAAAUUAGUCUCCUACCAAGAGCUCGCUCAUGCCACUGACAAUUUCAGCGAGAGCAAUCUCUUGGGGUCCAGCAACUUUGGGAAAGUUUUCAGGGGCAAACUGAGCAACGGUUUGCUGGUUGCAGUAAAAGUUUUGGACCCGCAGCUGGAACAUGCCACUAGGAGCUUCAAUGCUGAGUGCCGCGUGAUGCGCAUGGCACGGCACCGCAACUUGACAAGGAUUCUCAGCACCUGCACCAACCCAGAAUUCAGAGCACUAGUGCUUCAAUACAUGCCCAAUGGAAGCCUAGAGAAGCUCUUACACCAUUCUCAAGGCAGAAGGCACUUGGGCCUCCUCGAGAGGCUUGGCAUCAUGCUUGACGUGUCGAUGGCAAUGGUGUAUCUGCACCAUGAGCACUACGAGGUUGUACUACACUGCGACUUGAAGCCCAGCAACGUGCUGUUUGACGAGGACAUGACGGCACAUGUUGCAGACUUUGGCAUCUCAAGGCAGCUAGUAGGUGAUGACAGCUCCAUGAUCUCCGCCAACAUGCCUGGAACAGUUGGGUACAUGGCCCCAGAGUACGGAUCCCUUGGAAAAGCAUCACGGAAGAGUGACGUGUUCAGCUAUGGAAUCAUGCUUCUCGAAGUCUUCACAGGAAGGAGGCCCACCGAUGCUAUGUUUGUGGCAGGACUGAGUCUCAGGCAGUGGGUUGAUCUGGCGUUUCCUACGGAACUAGUCCAAGUGGUGGAUGGCCAGCUACUAGAACUGCAAAACUAUUGUUCUUCAAGCAGGAGCUUGGUCGAUGGUUUUCUUGUGCCAGUAUUCGAGCUGGGUUUGCUUUGCUCCAGCGAAUUGCCGGACCAGAGGAUGACCAUGACGGAAGUGGUCGUGAGGCUCCAGAGGAUAAAAAUUGACUACGUUAAAUGGGCAGCAGAGACUCAGAGUGCAGAUAAGUGAUCGAUUAAAUGCCCUUGCCUCCAUGUAUGUUCUGCUUCAGUGCUUCUUCACUAAGGACAAUGUCAGCUGCAUCAGGGUACUACUCACUUACAUGGCUACGUUACUUGUACAGUUUGAUCCACGUUUCGUUGAUGAUUUCUAGAUUAUGAUGCUUUGUUGUGUUGGAUGAAAUGUCUGAAAGGUGUAGCAGAAAGAGGCAGUAUGCUGGGAAAUGCCUGGGGCGCCGUUGGGAGGAGAGUUCUUUGGAGGAAGCCCCAUUGCGACAUGUAUCUAUUAUGUUAUAAUUUUGGUGUUGGCCGUAGCUUAUACAGUGUUCUCUUACGGCUAAUCUCGAGCCCUUGUACGUCUCUGUACACUUUGUAUGCUUUUCCCUUCUAUCUUUAUAAAAUUCGGCCGAUAUUAUGUCAUAAUUUUUUAUAUACAAACUAAGCACAAAUCAAUAUUGAUGCUACAUCCAU